AUGAGUCAAUACACAGCCGGCCCCAAAACUCUCAAUGUCGGAAUAGUGGGAGCAGGAAUCGGAGGACUCACUGCGGCCAUUGCAGUGGCCAGGGCUGGAGCAAAAGUGACUCUGCUUGAAGCUGCUCAUGAGCUGGGCGAGAUUGGUGCUGGAAUUCAGAUGUUUCCCAAUGUGUCUCGAUUCCUAGUGAGAUGGGGCGUAGACAAGAUCAUUGGCGACAACAUUGUCUAUCACCACGAAUGCAACACAUACUUUGGUCCUGAUGCCACUCUGAUUGCACAUUCUUUGGCUUCUGACCUAGUUGCAAAGGCUGGAUUCCCCUGGUUUGUUGUCCGACGCGACCACUUGCAUUAUGGCCUGACUGAAUCGGCACGUCGCCAUGGCGUCAAGGUGAUUGUAGGAGCUCGUGUCAAUGAGAUGCAAGACUCGGCAGACGGUGUCCAUCUUCAGACCACAACUGGCGAUAGAUACUCGUUUGACAUGGUCAUUGGUGCCGAUGGCAUCAAAUCCUUCAUUCGAUCACAACUGCUGCCCGGCAUCGUUCCCAAGGCAACUUCCAAGAUAGCCGCCUACCGUGGAGUGUUGUCGUAUAAGCAGAUAUUCGACGAAAUCCCAGAAGCGCGCUCUUGGCUGGGAAACAACAUGGACGUCUGGGCCGGUCCUAAUGGCUACAUCCUCACGUAUCCCAUUGCAGGAGGCAAAGAGCUCAACAUUGUCACCGCCUUUUGCAGAGACGACUACGUAACGAAAAUGGAGCAGGUUGAUAUUGAAGAAUUUCGAGACUAUUACAAGGACCAUCACCCAAUCAUUCAGAAGAUCCUCAAACUGGUCAACUACACACAGAGAUGGCCCCUUCUGCAGAUGCCUCCCGUGGAAACAUGGUCCAACAAGCACAAGAACGUGGUGUUGCUGGGCGACGCAAUCCACUGCAUGCAAAACAACAUGGCACAAGGCGCAGCAACUGCCAUGGAAGAUGGUGCCUUUCUAGGCCGCAUCAUCAGUGAGGUUGUCCGCGGCGUCAUUUCCAUCCCCGAAGCUAUUCAACUCUACGAGAGGCAACGAAUGCCCAAGGCCUGGGUUAAGCAACAGAUUUCCUACAUGUCCGGAGUCAUCAACAUGAUGACCGACCCAACGGAGCGCAACAAGGCUGCUCUCCCAGAGACUCAAGCUGCACUUGAGAACCCCGUCCGUCCAACACAUUUACCCACAACCUACCGAUCUUGGCAAUGUUAUUGCACGGCCGAUUCCGUCCCCGGCAUCUUUUACUAUGACGCUGAAGGUGAUGCGGACAGCGCCGUGUGCGAAUAUUUGUGCAGUAAAGGACCUGUUGACGAUAUUCAACAGCUCAGCGAGAAUCUGGCGAACAAAUGGAUGGGUUAUGUCCACAACAAUGGAUUGACUAUGCAGAAUGGCGAGGCGAAGUCGGAGAAGGGACCUGCUUUGACACCAGCGGAUUAUCAACGAUACACAAGCCAUCUGCAUAAAGAUAAUUAA